AUGAACUCGCUCUUCAGGAAGAGAAACAAAGGCAAAUACAGCCCCAGGGUGCAGACCCGGAGUGCUCCCCCCCAUUCAGGCCCCAUACAAGGCAGGAGACUAGCAGGAGACAAAGAAGGCAGGAAGGAGGCCGGGCAGGAGGAGACGUGGCCGCCCCGUAUGGUCCAGCCCAGUGGACCUGUCAGACAGGUGCAGCCAGACCCAGUCAUGGGGCGCUCCGGGCUCUCCAGCGUCCUCCCUGCAUCCUGCUCUGGAACCCCCAAGUCCCGCCACAGCUCCAAGGUUUCUGAUGGGAAGGUUCCAGAUGAGAAGGUUGUAGACGACAAGGUUCUGAAUAGGAAGGUUCUAGACGGGAAGUUUCCUGAUGGGAAGGAUCCGGAUGGAAAGGUUCCGGAUGAGAAGAUUCUUGAAGGGAAGUAUCUGGAUGAGAAGGAUUUUGACAGCCCCACCCCACCCCUGCCUGACAGCCCCACCCUCCUUUCUGUUUUCAGCCCAGCAUGCAUCUCCAACAAGGAGCUGUCAGAGCUGAUCGAGCAACUACAGAAGAAUGCCGACCAGGUGGAGAAGAACAUUGUGGAUGUGGAGGCCAAGAUGCAGAACGACCUGGCGCGGCUGCAGGGGGGCCGGCAGCCUGAGCACCGGGAUGAAACCCUGCAGAAGGUGUCGGACUCGGAGAAGCUGCUGUAUGUGCUGGAGGCCGACUCAGCCAUCGCCAGACACAUGAAGCACCCCCAGGGGGACAUGAUCGCCGAGGACAUCCGCCAACUGAAGGAGCGUGUGAGUCGCCUGCGCGGGAAGCACAAGCAGAUCUACAACCUAGCAGUGAAGGACACCGACCCCCAAGUCAACUGGGCAGCGCUGGUGGACGAGAAGCUGGACCAGCUGAGCGCCCAGACUUUUGGUACGGACCUUCCGCUGGUGGAGCAUCAGGUGGAGCAGCACAAUAUCUUCCACAACGAGGUCAAGGCCAUCGGCCCCCACCUGGCCAAGGUGCGUUGCGGGGUGCAGAACAACGAACUCCAGGCCAAGUACCAGAAGCUGCUGGCUGCCUCCCAGGCCCGGCAGCAGCACCUGAGUUCGCUGCAGGACUACAUGCAGCGGUGCACCAAUGAGCUCUACUGGCUGGACCAGCAAGCCAAGGGCCGCAUGCAGUACGACUGGAGUGACCGGAACCUCGACUACCCCAGCCGCAGGCGCCAGUAUGAGAACUUCAUCAACCGGAACCUGGAGGCCAAGGAGGAGAGAAUCAACAAGCUGCACAAUGAGGGGGACCAGCUACUGGCUGCUGAACACCCGGGGAGAAACUCUAUCGAGGCACAUAUGGAGGCAGUACACGCAGACUGGAAGGAGUACCUGAACCUGCUCAUUUGUGAGGAAAGUCACCUGAAGUUCAUGGAGGACUAUCACCAGUUCCACAAAGACAUGAAGGAAGCCCAGGAGCUGCUGCGCAAAGUUGACUCAGACUUGAACCAAAAGUACAGCCCUGACUUCAAGGACCGCUACCAGAUCGAGCUGCUACUGCGGGAGCUGGAUGACCAGGAAAAAGCGCUGGACAAAUAUGAGCACGUGGUUUGGGGCCUUCAGCAGCGGGGCCAGCAGGUGGUGCCCCUCAAGUACCGUAGGGAGACGCCCCUCAAGCCCAUCCCCGUGGAGGCACUCUGCGACUUUGAGGGAGACCAGGGCCUCAUAUCCAGGGGCUACAGCUACACACUGCAGAGGAAUCACGGGGAGAGCUGGGACCUGACAGACAGCGCCGGCCACAGGCUGACUGCCCCCGCCAUCUGCUUCAUGAUCCCCCCUACCGACCCCGAGGCCCUGGCUCUGGCCGACAGCCUGGCCACCCAGUACAGGGCCGUGAGGCAGAAGGCAGUGGGUACCAGGAGCGCCCUGCAGCAGCGGCAUGAGGUGCUGAAAACUGAGAACCCCGGUGAUGCCUCUGACCUGCAGGGGCGGCAAUUGCUGGCCGGCCUGGACAAGGUGGUCAGCGACCUGGACCGACAGGAGAAGGCCAUCACAGGGGUCCUGCGACCACCUCUGGAACAGGGCCGCGCUGUGCAGGACAGCGCUGAACGGGCUGAGGCCCUCCAGCGCCUCGCAGCCGAGCUGCAGCAGAUGAAGGCCGAGGAGGCUCACAGCACGGCUGAGUGUGAGGACUUCGUGCGGGCCCUCCCUGGCAGCGGCAGCGCGGCCCUGCUGCGGACGCGGGUGGAUGACACCCACCGCCGCUACGAGUUCCUGGUGAAGCUGCUGGAUGCUGCCAGAGAGAAGGUGGACACUGCCCACCGCCUAGAAGAGAGUCUGCAGCAGUGCCGGGAGGUGUUAGCCGCGUACGAAAACCAGCUGACCCAGGAGGACACUGUGCCCGAGAGCGGCCGUGCCCUGGACAGCAAGAGGCAGGAGUUGGCAGCCACAGCGUCAGAGCUGCAGGCACAGAACGCGCUCUUGAGAGAGGCAGAGCAGAAGCUUCUGGCAGUGAAACAGUGCUCAGGCUUGCUGGCCAGCAGCUUCCAAGAGCACUGCCCAGACCUGGAGCGCCAGGAGGCUGAGGUGCACAAGCUGGCUCACCGUUUCGACAACCUCCAGCAGCAGGUGAAGCGCAGGGCCCAGAGCCUGCAGAGUGCCCAGGCUGCAUAUGAGGAAUACCGUAGCGGCCGCGACCGAGUACUACACUUCCUGUCCAGCAUCCCCAGCUAUGAGCCGCAGGAGACGGACAGUCUUGGUCAGGUGGAGACCAAGCUCAAGAACCAGAAGAAUCUUCUAGAUGAAAUGGCAAGAUGGGAAGAUGAAGUACAGAAGGUUUACACCCAAGCCCAGCAGUACCAGCAAGCAGUCAAGGACUAUGAGUUAGAAGCGGAGAAGCUCAGGUCCCUGCUGGACUUGGAGAAUGGAAGGAACAGCCACAUGAACAAGAAAGCCAGGCUCCAGUCUCCUGCUGCCAAAGUGAAGGAGGAGGAAGCUGCUCUUGCUGCCAAGUUCACUGAAGUCAGCGCUAUCAACAGACAGAGGCUGCAGAAUCUGGAGUUUGCUCUGACGCUCCUGAGACAGCAGCCAGAGGCAGGCCCAGCCUAUGAGAGCCUACAGAGGAACGAGCCAGUCUCUGUACAGGAGGAAACAUGGAAGAUUCAGAAGGAGCUGGACGAGGAGACAGAGCGGAGGCAGCAGCUGGAGAAGGAGGUGCAGAGUGCACAGGACGAGAUCCGGGCCUUGCAGAGCCAGAGUCCGCAGGAGUCGGUGGUGAGGAAGGAGGUACUGAAGAAGCUGCCGGACCCCGCACUGGAGGAGAGCCUGCAGCACAUGCAGCAUAGCCUGGCGGAGGAACAGCACAAGAACCAGCUGCUGCAGGAGGAGCUGGAGGGGCUGCGUGCUCGGCUGCGCGGCCUGGAGCAAGAGGCCAGGGCCGGGGGCCAGGAGUACGUGGUCAAAGAGGUACUGCGUAUUGAGCCUGACCAGGCCCAGGCAGACGAGGUCCUCAAGCUGCGGGAGGAGUUAGAGGAGCUGAGGCGGCAGAAGGGCACCCGGGAGGCAGAGGCAGCCCUGCUGCAGCAGCGCAUCACAGCCCUGGCUGAGGAGAAGAGCCACGCUCGGGAGAAGGUGACAGAGAAGGAGGUGGUAAAGCUGCAGAACGACCCCCAGCUGGAGGCGGAGUACCGGCAGCUGCAAGAGGACCAGCAGCGCGAGGGCACACUCAGGGAGAAACACGAGGAGGAGCUGAGCUUCCUGCACGACAAGCUCAAGCGGCUGGAGAAGGAACGGGCCAUGGCCGAGGGCAAGAUCACCGUCAAGGAGGUGCUCAAAGUGGAGAAGGAUGUGGCGGCUGAGCGGGAGGUGGGUGAGCUUCAGCGCCAGUACGAGGAUGAGGCGGCCAAGACGCGUGGCAGCCAGCGGGAGAAGACGGAGCUGCUGCGCAGGAUCUGGGCUUUGGAGGAGGAAAACGCCAAGGUGGUGGUCCAGGAGAAGGUGCGAGAGAUUGUGCGGCCUGACCCCAAGGCCGAGAAUGAGGUGGCCAACCUCCGGCUGGAGCUGGUCGAGCAGGAGCGUAAGUUCCGGGGCACCGAGGAACAGCUGAAGAGCUACCAGGCCGAGCUAGAGGCGCUGCGGAGGCGGGGUCCGCAGGUGGAGGUCAAGGAGGUAACGAAGGAAGUCAUCAAAUACAAGACAGACCCCGAGAUGGAGAAGGAGCUGCAGCGGCUGCGUGAGGAGAUCGUGGACAAGACCCGGCUCAUCGAGAGGUGUGACGUGGAGAUCUACCAGCUCAAGCAGGAGAUCCAGGCCCUGAAGGACACCAAGCCCCAGGUGCAAACCAAGGAGGUAGUGCAGGAGAUCCUACAGUUCCAGGAAGACCCACAGACCAAGGAGGAAGUGGAGAGCCUGAGGACGAGGCUGGCUGAGGAGCAGAGGAAGCAGGUAGACCUGGAGAGGGAGCGGCUAACCCAGGAGGAGAAGAUCAAGCACAAAGAGGAAGAGCUGGCACAGGUUCGGGAGAAAGUAGUACAGCAGGAGGUGGUCCGCUACGAGGAGGAGCCUGGCCUGCGUGCUGAGGUGGACGCCUUCACUCAGAGCAUCGAUGUGGAGCUGCGGCAGAUUGACACCCUGCGUGGGGAGCUAAGGCGGCUGCAGCGACGCCGGGCCGAGCUGGAGCGGCAGCUGGAGGAGCUGGAGCGAGAGCGGCAGGCACGCAGGGAGGCUGAGCUAGAGGUGCAGAGGCUGAAGCAGCGACUGGCUGACUUGGAGAAGGAAGAGGCAGAGGCCUGCGAGAAAGUGACGCGCACACAGAAGGUAGUGCUGCAGCAGGACCCCCUGCAGGCCCGGGAGCAUGGGCUGCUCCAGCUCCAGCUGGAUGAGGAGAGGCACCGGCGACAGGUCCUGGAGAGCGAGCUGGAGACCCUCAAGAAGCAACUGGACCGCCUGGAGAAGUUGGAGGUCAAGGAGAAGGUGGUCUUCUCCGAGAGCGUCCAGGUGGAGAAAGGGGACACGGAGCAGGAGAUCCAGAGGCUCAAGAGCAGCCUGGAGGAGGAGAGCCGCAGCAAGCGGGAGCUGGAUGCCGAGGUGAGCCGGCUGGAAGCCAAGCUGUCGGAGCUAGAAUUCUCCAACUCCAAGUCAUCCAAGGAGCUGGACUUCCUCCGGGAAGAAAACCACAAGCUCCAGAUGGAACGGCAGAACCUCCAGCUGGAAACCCAGCGGCUCCAGUCGGAAAUUGAACUGGCCACCACGGAACCCCGAAACCUGAGAAGUGUGACGGCUGUGGGCUCGAGGGCCAACCUCGACUCCAGAGUGUGGUCCCUGGAGCGAGAACUGGAUGACCUCAAGCAGCUGUCCAAAGACAAAGACCUAGAGAUCGACGAACUGCAGAAGCGCCUGGGCUCAGUGGCUGUCAAGAGGGAGCAGCGUGAGAACCACCUGCGGCGCUCCAUCGUUGUCAUUGACCCCGACACUGGCCGAGAGCUGUGCCCAGAGGAAGCCCACCGGGCCGGGCUCAUCGACUGGAACAUGUUUGUGAAGCUCAGGAACCAGGAGUGCGACUGGGAGGAGAUCUCAGUGAAGGGGCCCAAUGGCGAAUCCUCUGUUAUCCAUGACCGGAAGUCUGGCAAGAAGUUCUCCAUCGAAGAGGCCUUGCGGAGUGGCAGGCUGAAAGAAGAACAGUAUAACCGCUACGUCAACAAGGAUAUGUCCAUUCAGGAGCUGGCCGUCUUGGUGUCGGGGCAGAAGUAG